AUGUCGCUUCAAGUAUACACUUCUAAGGGCUCGUCCAUAUUGGACUUGGUGUCUAACAUCAAGAUUUCCAUCGCCGUGACGCACUUUCAGCCUAAGUUAACCUUAGCUGCCAACGAAACUGAGGCUCACUUGUCCUUGAAGGAUACCAAGACUGGGUUCGAGCUUACUGAACCCAACGCCAUCGUCAAGUACUUGGCCAAUGACUUUUCUGAGAGCGAAGCAAUCAAGUAUGAAGAAACCAUCUUAUACGGUACCACAAAGGCGUCUGCCUCACCAUCAACUGAAGAUGUGUCCAGCCUUGCAAUCAAGAAGUUGUCCUUGACUGAGGCUAAGAUCACCGCUGAGCAAAUCAUCACCUUCGCAGGUCUUUACCCUAACCCUCCAACCCAUAACGAAUGGUUCGAGCAAUUUUCCAAGAUUCCUGAGGUCCACAAUGCUGUUGAAACGGCCAUUAAGUUGACUUCUAAAUUGCAGAAGCCUGACAGGAAGAAGGAGGUGAACACUGGGGCACAAAACGUUGUCACUGGACACUUGGUUAAACCUCAGGCUAAGAAGAUCUUACCUAAGGAAAACGAAAGAAACAUCUUGAUCACCUCUGCUCUUCCCUACGUAAACAACGUUCCUCACUUAGGUAACAUCGUUGGUUCCGUUUUAUCCGCAGACAUCUACGCCAGAUACGCCAAGAACAGAAACUACAACGCUUUGUUUAUCUGUGGUACCGAUGAAUACGGUACUGCCACCGAAACCAAGGCCAUUGAGGAAAAGGUCACCCCAUUGGAACUUUGUACUAAGUACUACAAGAUCCAUAAGGAAAUUUAUGAAUGGUUUGAAAUUGGAUUCGAUUACUUCGGUAGAACCACCACUCCUGACCAAACAGCAAUUGCCCAAGAUAUAUUCUUGAAAUUGAACGAAAACGGGUACUUGGAAGAACAAACCAAUGCUCAGUUAUACUGUGAAGUUCACAACUCAUUCUUGGCAGAUAGAUUUGUUGAAGGUACAUGUCCAAAGUGUGCCUACGAAGAUGCCAGAGGAGACCAAUGUGAUAAAUGUGGUAACUUGUUGAACCCAUUCGAAUUGAUAAAUCCAAGAUGUAAGUUAGACAACAGUGUACCAGUUUCUCGUGAUUCAACUAAUGUUUACCUUAAAUUAGAAGAAUUAGAGCCAGAAUUGAAGAAAUGGGUUGCAGAAGCCUCUGAAAAGGGAGGCUGGACAAAGAACUCUAAGACUAUCACCAAUUCUUGGUUAAAGGAAGGUUUGAAUUCGAGAUGUAUUACUAGAGACUUGAAGUGGGGUACUCCAGUUCCAUUAGAAAAAUUUAGUGACAAGGUUUUAUACGUUUGGUUCGAUGCACCAAUUGGUUAUGUUUCCAUUACAUCAUGUUACUUCGAAGAGGAAGGUAACAAAGAGUGGGAAAAAUGGUGGAAGAAUCCUGAAAACGUUGACUUAUACCAAUUUAUGGGUAAGGAUAACGUUCCAUUCCAUUGUGUUGUGUUCCCAUCUACUCAGAUCGGUACAAGAGAAAACUGGACUAAAUUACAUCACAUAAAUACAACUGAAUAUUUACAAUAUGAAGGUGGUAAGUUUUCCAAAUCUAGAGGUGUUGGUGUCUUUGGUAAUAAUGCCAAGGAAACUGGAGUCUCUGCAUCUGUUUGGAGAUACUACUUAGCUUCUAUUAGACCAGAACUGUCUGAUUCUCAAUUCUCGUGGCAAGAAUUUGUUACCAAGAAUAAUUCUGAAUUAUUGGCCAACUUAGGUAAUUUUGUUAACAGAUUGGCCAAGUUCGUUGAUGUUAAGUACAAUGGUGUGAUUCCUUCUUACAAGCCAGAGAACAUUCCAAGUUACGCUUCCUUUGAAUCUGAUAUCAACAAACUUUUAGCUUCAUACAUUGAAGCAAUGGAAGCCUCCAGUAUUAGAAGAGGUUUGGAAUUAGCCAUGGCCAUUUCUUCGCGUGGUAACCAAUUUUUGCAAGACAAUAAGUUAGAUAACACUUUGUACAGUGAUCAUCCAGACAAAUCCGAUGCGGUUGUCAGUGUUGGUUUGAACCUUGUCUACUUACUUUCUUCCAUCUUUUCACCAUUUAUGCCUGAAGUUGGUGUAAAGAUUGACCAGAUUUUGAACGCUCCUGCAUUAUCCAUUACCAACAAGUUCGAAUUGGUAUUGAAGGCUGGCCACUGUAUCGGAAAGCCACAAUACUUAUUCACCAGAAUUGAUGAAAAGAAGGUUGAGGAAUGGAGAGGUAUGUACGGAGGGCAACAAAAGAAAUAA